CUUUUCUAUUCAACUUCGCUAUUGACGAAGUCAUGGAGAUUGCAUUUACAGGACAUGACUUGGAAGGUGUGGAGCUACUCCCAGGAGAACGACUUCUUCACUUAGAGUAUGCAGACGACAUUGCCCUCAUCUGUGACAGCUCCCAGACGUGUCAAGCCGCGCUGGACAGAUUAGCACUGGCUGUCAGCCGCUUCGGGCUUUGCUUUGCACCACCGAAGUGCAAAGCGUUCCUCCAGGAUUGGCAGGGUUCGCCCCCUGUGCUGACCCUUGGUGGGGAUCAGCUAGAAGUCGUUCAGAAAUUCAAUUACCUGGGAAGUUGUAUCAGCGCCCUUGGGAUCGAAGACGAGAUCACGAACCGCAUAGCGAAAGCUCGAAGUGCUUUUGCUAACCUUCGCCACCUAUGGCGACGGCGCGACAUUACUCUCGCCCUGAAGGGUAGAGUGUACAAUGCAGCGGUACGUUCGACCUUACUGUACGGUUGCGAAACCUGGCCCCUAAGAUCGGCGGACAUGAAGAGGCUACUUACGUUCG